AUGGUGGUCUCGGCCAUCGCCAUGCCCUUUGUCGGGCGCCUCGUGGACCGCUGGAGCUUGCGCGGCACCAUCGCCAUCGGAGCGGCCAUAGGCGCUGUCGGUCUCGUCCUGAUGGGGCAGGUCCACUAUUCCUGGCAGGUCUUCCUUGUGUACGGCGUCGUCUACGCUUUGGGCAACUCCGGCACCUCCAUCUCCCCUGUCAUGGUCAUGGUCAGCCAGUGGUUUGUCGAAAGGCGUGGGGUCGCCACCAGCAUGGCCGUAUCGGGAAACGCCAUCGGUCAGCUCUUCAUCGUCGGCGCGCUGGCCUCGCUGCUGGUAACUAUAGGAUGGCGAUCAUCCUAUACCAUCCUCGCGGUAGCCAACAUUGCGGUCCUGCUGCCUCUGACGCUAUUGAUCGUGCGUCCGGGCCCCCCCGCCCCAGCCGAGACACCAUCAAUUGAGUCGGGCAACGAACCGCCCCCUCAACCCCUGACAUUCGGCCAGGCGUUGGCCUCAAGGCCGUUCCUGCUCCUCGUGGGCAUCUACACCAUCUGCGGGUUCCAGGAUUUCUUCGUCGCCACCCACAUCGUGGCAUUCGCCCAGGACCAGGGUGUCGGCGAUGUACUCGCCGGGAACCUGCUGGCAUGGAUGGGCGUGAUGGGGUUGCUGGGCGUUCUCGCGGCCGGAUUCAUGGCCGACGCCUUCGGGGCUUCCCGUCCCACGGCGGUGUGCUUCAUCAUGCGCAUCGGCAUCUUCGCCCUGAUCUUGCUGGCGCAGGACACCCCGGCCAUUCUGGCAUUCGGCCUGCUCUACGGGUUCACCUUUCUGAUCACCGCGCCGCUGACUGUGGUGUUCCUCGGCAAUAUUUACGGUCCCCACCGCUUGGGCACGCUAACUGGAACCAUCUCCAUGAUCCACCAGAUAACGGGCGGCCUUGGCGCCCUCGCCGGAGGAUGGAUCUACGACUCUACGGGCAAUUACAACUUGGCGUUCGUCCUGAUGCUGGCCCUUUCCCUCGCCGCCACAGCCUUGACUUUGGUGGUGCGCGAGCCGCUCAGAAGGCGCCGGAUUCCCCUGGGCGCGGCUGUCUGCUAG